CGUUGUUAUCAUUGUCAACUUACAAGUGAGUGCGUGCAGAGAAAACCUUCGUUCCCUUUAGUCGAUAGCUAAACAUCAAACAAAACCAAAAUGAAGACCAUGUGUGCUAUUGCUGUUCUUGCCACCGUUUUGGUGAUGGCAAACUGUGCUUCUUAUCAAAUUGCUUACUUGGUACCGGUGGAGGCUCCACUGAACCGAGUAGCCCGUUCGGCCCAAUUUGGACACGGACACGGAGGACACGGUGGUCUCUCUGCAAGCGCGGCCAAUGCCGCUUCUCAAUCCUUCACUCAUGGCCACCACCACCACGAUGGUUUCGGACAUCCAGGAUUCAGCGGAAGUGCAGCUAACGCAGCUGCUCAAAGCUUCUCCAGUGGUACGGGUCAUCAUGGAUUCGGUGGUUUCAGUGCAUCAGCUGCCAACGCCAACGCGCAAUCCUUUAGUGGAUAAGGACAUCAGAUGAAACAUUGACAGAAAAUUACUCAAUUAAACCCGACCAUCCUGCAAAUCUUCGGGAACUUGUAAAAUGAAAUUAGCUUUAGUAAUAGCCAGAAACAGAUAGUUUUUACAAAUCAGUCACACACCUAAAUUAUUAAAUUUACAAUCGUAUCAUGACAUCGAUAGAUAGGCCAUACCAAAAAUAUACAAAUAAUCUAAUGUAA